AUGUCCGGAGAAAAACUUAAACAACUCGUCAUUGAAAAAACUGUCAAACCAAGGUGUUUUAGAGGAAUUUAUGUUAGUAAACUGGCAGUAGAAUGGAAGGCGAAUAGUAAAGCAUGGAUGACUACUCAUAUAAUGACAGACUGGCUUCAACGACUCGAUCAGCAAAUGAAAACUCAAAACAGAAAAAUUUUAUUGUUUCUUGACAAUGCUACAUCACAUGCACAUCUGUCUUUGGACAACGUAACACUUAUUUUUUUUCCUCCAAAUAUAACAUCAACUUCUCAACCUUUAGACCAAAGAAUAAUAAAAAAUUUCAAAGUUUUUUACCGUAAGUUCGCACUACAACACGUUAUUGCGAAUCUGGAGGACGCUCAAAAUGCACACGACCUGACAAAGCAAAUUGAUGUUUCAAAAGCGAUUACAUGGGUGAAAAAAGCGUGGACACAAAUUUCUUCAUUAACAAUCACAUAUUGUUUCAAAAAAACAGAUUUUCCGUCGAGUGAACCUCCAGAAAUCGAAAAUGAAAAACGACGAUUUGACACAAUAGACAGUAAUUUGUCUACAGAAUGUAGCUUAGAUGAUAUUGCUAUAAUUUUAGAUGACAUUCGAACUGAAUUAAAUCCCGUGGAAUCCGAUGAUGAGCAAAAAGCUGAUGACCAACUAGAAUAUUCUGAAAUUAAGACGUUUGCAAAUUAUUCAGAAGCUCUUAAACAACUUAUUCGUCUGAAAGAAUUUUAUUUAAAUAAAGGUGAUGAAAAGGGAUUUUCAUAUGUGAGUGAAUUAAUUAUCCAUCACGAGUUGGAAAUGACCAAAUCGAAGUUCAAAAAACAAACAUCAAUUGAAUCAUUUUUUAAGAAAUAA